AUGGCAAAGGUACAUACCUCCGUCCCGGAGGGUCUCAUCCCUCUCCUGGAAUCCCACCUCCCAAACUCCCUCGUCCUCCUCCGCCGCCUCCAAUUCACCCGUUUCAAGGACGGCAUGCGCCCAACAGCCCGCAUCAUCCUAGCUUCAGACGCACCACUCCCUUCUAGUGCCUCGCAACAAGAUGCCGAUGCAUCAGGUCAAGAGCCACGGAACUUCUGCGCAGCAUACCUCGACUUCGGCAGCACCAAAGAAACCCAACUCUUCAUGUACUCAACAGUCGAAAACGCCGCCGACAAAACUCUCGCGGACGCGGACAAGAAAACGGCCGAAUCCCAAAUCGCAGCAGUCCUCGAUGCUGUAACACAAGUGAGCAAGCAACAGCCAGACAAUAGAACGCUUCCCGGUGCAUGCCUCGCCGGAACCCUCGCCACACCCACGCGGGACGCCAUGCUCCGAGCCGGCGUGCGCGUGACACCUCGCCAGGACUACGAGUAUGAGAAAUGGCUGUUCCGCGUCGAUGAUAUUCCGGAUUUCGAGGACCGUGUGACGUUGCCCGAGGGAGCUACAUGGGGCCCGGCAACGGAGAGGGAUUGUGAGAUUGUGAUUUCCAGGACGGAUAUUCCGCGUCAAGUAAAGACGUUGAUGUCGUGGCCUAGUUUGUUUCUCAAACUAGAGGAUGGAACGCCUAUCGCAUGGUCAUUCCUCGGCACCGAUGCAUCGUUAUCAAGUCUCCACUGCGAGAGAGGCUACGCGAAGGCUCUGGCGUCGAAGUUGAUCAAGAGAGGUACGAGCGAGUACGGCGCCGAUGGUUGGGCGUCCGCCGACGUGGCGCCGUAUAACACGGGGAGCAAGAAGAUGUGCCAGAGUCUCGGUGGGAGACAUACCUGGAACGUUUCGUGGAAUGUCAUUCAUCUUCACGAGGUAUAG